CGAAAUAACAAGAGGAAAAAGAGUGUGCAUUCAAAGAAAAUUUGAAGAAACAGACGAACGUCGUAAACUACUUUAUUUAGGAUUUAGGUAUAAACAAAAGCCAUGUCCAUGUCCUCCAGCCAGCAACUACUCGCAGAGUCAUCGUCCUGCAGUUCUACUACCACCGUGACGGAUGCACCGCUGGCCAAAAAACGCAGGCUCGAAGCCGCUGACAAUGCUAACAGCAGCGCCGACGUCGCCGUCGCCCAUUCAAAGGCCGGUGGAGCAUCAGCAGGAGCAACAACGAUGGUGGUGGCAUCAAGCAGUAGCGGCAGCAACAACAACUACGAAAAUCACGACAAAGUAGCAGGCGACGUUGACAUUUCGAAUAAGACAGAGACAGCUGUUGCUGGUAAUGAAACAGACUUGUGUGUAUCGUCGUCUACUUCCGACAUAUUCGCAAGCAAUAAGUCAAAGCGAGCCGCAACUACCGGCAGCGGCGACGACGUUAGUACAUCGUCAGCAGUGCAUAAAGAAAGUAGCGUUUUUGAGUCGUCGUCGUCGUCCUCUGCUAAUUUGCAACAAACCAAUUCAAAUUCAACAACAGCGAGCAGGGCUAAUCGCGAAGUAAGCUCCACAAACAACGUCACCUCAACAAACAACACAUCGGCGCACAACAACAGUAGUAGUAGCAGCAGAAACAACAACAGCGCAGGUAUGGCUGCCAACAAUGCCACCGCCGCCGCUGGUGGAGACAUCGAUGAGUCGCUCUAUUCGCGCCAACUUUAUGUGUUAGGCCACGAUGCCAUGCGUCGUAUGGCUAACUCGGACAUACUGCUUUCAGGACUAGGCGGUCUGGGCCUGGAGAUAGCGAAGAAUGUCAUUUUGGGCGGAGUGAAAUCGAUCACCCUGCAUGACACAGCAACUUGUACGCUCAACGACUUGUCAUCACAAUUCUAUCUGACCCAGGCGGACAUUGGUAAGAAUCGGGCGACGGCCUCGUGCGGUCAAUUAGCUGAACUAAACAGCUAUGUGCGCACUAUCGCCCACACCGGACCGCUGUCCGAGGACUUUCUGCGGCAAUUCCGAGUGAUUGUAUUGACCAACUCUGAUGCUGAGGAGCAACAACGCAUUGGCAAGUUCGCACAUGAGAACGGCAUUGCGUUCAUCAUCGCAGAGACACGCGGUCUGUUUGCCAAAGUAUUUUGUGACUUUGGCGAGCAGUUUACUAUUUACGACCAAGACGGUGCACAGCCCAUUUCUACCAUGAUAGCGAGCAUUACACAUGACGCGCAGGGCGUAGUUACUUGCUUGGAUGAGACGCGUCAUGGUUUUAAUGAUGGAGAUUACGUUACAUUUUCCGAGGUGCAGGGUAUGCAUGAAUUGAACGGCUGCCAGCCUAUCAAAAUCACCGUACUAGGACCGUACACGUUUAGCAUUGGCGACACCAGCAAGUUGAGUGCCUAUAAGACUGGAGGUGUUGCCACGCAGGUGAAGAUGCCGAAAACUAUUAGCUUCAAAUCUCUAGCACAGGCGGAGCAAGAGCCGGAGUUCCUUAUUUCGGAUUUUGCUAAGGUGGAUGCGCCCGCCUCACUACAUGUUGCGUUUAAGGCCUUGUCCACAUACCAAAAGAUAAACAACGGCUCCGUGCCACGCCCCUGGAACAAUGAAGAUGCUGAGCAAUUCCUAAAUCUGUGCAAGAGCCUCAAGGCUGAUGUCGACGAACAAUUAGUGCUACAGUUUGCCAAAAUAUGCGCAGGUAACACGUGCCCGCUGGACGCUGCAAUUGGCGGUAUUGUAGCCCAGGAAGUGCUCAAGGCGUGCAGCGGCAAGUUCACUCCAAUAUUUCAGUGGUUUUACUAUGAUGCGGUCGAAUGUCUGCCGGAGGGUGGCGUUAGCGAGGCUGAUGCGCAACCCCUUGGUACAAGAUACGAUGCACAGAUUGCCAUCUUUGGGCGAAGUUUUCAGGAAAAGUUGGCCGAUGCAAAAUGGUUCAUUGUUGGAGCUGGAGCCAUUGGCUGCGAGCUGUUAAAAAACUUUGGCAUGCUUGGCUUAGGCGUGCGCAACGGACAGAUUUUUGUCACCGAUAUGGAUCUCAUAGAGAAAUCAAAUCUGAAUCGUCAGUUUCUGUUCCGUCCGCAUGAUGUGCAGAAACCUAAAGCGCUGACCGCUGCAACGGCCAUCAAGCGCAUGAAUCCCGAUGUGAAGGUAACCGCCUAUGAGUUGCGUGUUGGCGCCGAAACGGAGAAGGUCUUCUCGGAAAAUUUCUUCGAAAAGUUGCAUGGCGUGGCCAAUGCGCUGGAUAAUGUUGAUGCUCGAAUUUACAUGGAUCGGAAAUGCAUCUUCAAUCGCAUACCGCUGGUCGAGACAGGCACGCUUGGUACCAUGGGUAAUGUGCAGGUCAUUGUACCUUUCGCCACUGAAUCGUACAGCUCAUCACAGGAUCCUCCUGAGAAGAGUAUACCCAUAUGCACCCUUAAGAAUUUUCCCAAUGCCAUUGAGCACACUCUGCAAUGGGCACGUGACUCCUUCGAAGGCGUAUUCAAGCAGGCGGCUGAGAAUGCAGCUCAAUACAUUUCAGAUCCGCAGUUUACCGAGCGCAUCCUGAAGCUGCCUGGCAUUCAGCCGCUGGAAAUACUAGAGUCAAUCAAGAAAGCACUUAUCGACGACAAGCCCAAGAGCUUCGCGGAUUGUGUUGAAUGGGCGCGUCUAUAUUGGGAGGAUCAGUAUGCCAAUCAAAUCAAGCAGCUACUUUUCAACUUCCCACCCGACCAGAUUACUUCAAGUGGUCAGCCAUUUUGGUCGGGCCCUAAACGCUGCCCUGAUCCGCUCGUGUUCGAUGUGAAUGAUCCCAUGCACUUGGACUAUAUCUAUGCAGCAGCCAAUUUGCGCGCUGAAGUUUAUGGAAUUCCUCAAGUGCGCAACCGUCAAGCUGUGGCUGAGCUGGUGUUGCAGGUCAAGGUACCCGAAUUCAAACCACGCUCUGGUGUGAAAAUUGAAACCAAUGAGGCAGCGGCUGCUGCCGCAGCCAACAACUUUGAUGAUGGCGAAGUGGAUCAGGAUCGCGUUGAAAAAAUCAUAACUGAAUUAUUAAAAACCGCAGAUAAGAAGUCGAAAAUUACGCCGCUCGAAUUUGAAAAGGACGAUGAUAACAAUUUGCACAUGGAUUUUAUUGUGGCAUCGUCAAAUCUACGCGCCACCAACUACAAAAUCCCACCGGCCGAUCGCCACAAGUCCAAGCUGAUUGCGGGCAAGAUUAUACCCGCGAUUGCAACCACUACGUCGGUACUGUCGGGUUUGGCAGUGUUGGAGGUUAUAAAGCUGAUUUCCGGACAUCGCGACUUAAUUAAGUUCAAGAACGCGUUCGUUAACCUGGCUUUGCCAUUCACAGCAUUUUCUGAGCCAUUGCCAGCGGCCAAAAAUAAGUACUACGACAAAGAGUGGACCCUAUGGGAUCGCUUCGAAGUCACCGGCGAACUUUCGUUGCAGGAGUUCCUCUCUUAUUUCGAUGAAAAGGAGAAGCUCAAGAUAACCAUGUUGUCGCAGGGCGUAUCAAUGCUGUACUCAUUUUUCAUGCCCAAGGCCAAAUGCUCGGAGCGUAUGCCGUUGCCCAUGUCUGAGGUGGUCCGACGCGUUUCUAAACGGCGCAUUGAGCCCCAUGAACGCUCCCUGGUGUUCGAGAUUUGCUGCAACGAUACAGAUGGAGAGGAUGUGGAAGUGCCCUAUGUGCGCUACACGCUGCCGUAAGCAAAGUGAAAUCAAGCUAGGCCAUGUCCCGUUUUAUAUUUAAUUAACAGUUAAAUUAUUUUUAUACCCUUUUGUCGUCGCGUGACACGGUUAUAGUUCAAGUGAGUUUUUUUGCGCCUAAAUUAAUCGUGUAACUGCAUUUUUAAUUCACACACAACACAACCUAAAAAUGAUCUUAAAAUAUAUGAUAUAUACACAUAUAUGUCUCCUAUAAGGAAAAGGCAACAUAAAAACUGCGUAAUACGAAAAACAAGACUCGACCUGCAAAAAAAAUUAUAUUAAUUCUGUCUGCUCAGCAUAGUUUAUAAAAAAAUAAAAUGUGUACGAAAAUGAGAAGAGAUUUUGAAUUGAAAUGCGAACGCAAGCUGCAUAAAAUAAUUGUUUCUUUUUUUUAUAUGAACAUAAAAUUAAUUACAUACUUGUAUUAAAAAGCAAAGCAAAUUGAAUAAAGCUGUAUAUUUCAUAUAGUG